CGUCACGUCAGUUUUCUACAGUGGGUGACGUCAUUAUAAGGUUCAUUAUGUUUCACGGAAUACCUGCCUCUGGAGUGAUGGGAGGAGCACCUGCCAACAAGCCAGAACUCUAUGAGGAAGUGAAAUUGUACAAAAAUGCCAGAGAAAGAGAAAAGUAUGACAACAUGGCAGAGUUGUUUGCUGUGGUCAAAACACUUCAGGCCCUGGAAAAAGCCUACAUUAAGGAUUGUGUGACUCCAAACGAAUACACAGGAGCUUGCUCAAGAUUGCUUGUCCAGUACAAGGCUGCUUUCAAACAAGUCCAGGGAUCGGAUGUGGGCUCCAUUGAUGACUUUUGUAGGAAAUACAGACUGGACUGUCCGCUGGCUAUGGAAAGAAUCAAAGAGGAUCGACCGAUCACCAUUAAGGAUGACAAGGGCAACCUGAAUCGCUGCAUUGCAGACAUAGUUUCUCUCUUUAUCACAGUUAUGGACAAACUUCGACUUGAGAUUCGUGCCAUGGAUGAGAUCCAGCCUGACCUGAGAGAGCUCAUGGAGACCAUGAAUAGAAUGAGCAACAUGCCUCCAGAUUCAGAGGCCAAAGACAAAGUCAGUCUCUGGUUAACCACACUGAGCAGCAUGUCUGCGUCUGAUGAGCUGGAUGACUCCCAGGUUCGCCAGAUGCUGUUUGACCUGGAGUCUGCCUACAACGCCUUUAAUCGUUUCUUACACUCUUCUUAAAUGUUCCUUCCCUCUCUGAGCUCAUUCUUCCCCUUUUCAGAAGCGGUUGUCUUUUUCAUUUUCCCUAUUUUGCCCGUGUCUUUUGUAGGAAUGUAGAAUAUUAAAUCAAAUUAGAGCACUGCUUACUAAGGUUUAUGUUGUUCAGUAAUACAAUCACGAUUAUAUUAUUCACAGAUUUGAAAUUUAAUAGUAGAUUUUUUUAAUGUAAAGAGAUUUUUCUAUCUCAUGGUAGUCUGAAAGUGUUCUCUUGAAUGGCAAUAGCGAAUACAAUAGCCAAUAGAAAAGCUAUAGAGGGCGUUCUAGGAAGAAGUAUAUUAUAGGCAAAAGUUGCUUGCCCUCUAUACAUACACGUGUUGAAUGAGCAUACGGAUUGAUCGUUUAUGGAUCUCACAAUAUCUUGUACAAAAAGGUCUGAUACUGAAUUCUCAGUACUGCAUUUUAUUUCAAAUGGACGUUUUCCCUAGCUGCACACUUUCCUUUUCCUUUUUUUUUUAAAUAGAUGUUUUCCAGUGUUUAAAGGAGACAAUGUUAAAUGCUCUCAUUCAUUUACUUUUCUUGGUUGAUAACUUGACUUUUAUAAACGCUUGAUUAAUAACUUACUCUUUCCUCGGCAUGGUGUUGGUUUUAUGUAAUAAGGCAUAUUUAUUAAAUGACCUAUGUAAAUAAAAUAGUUUUGAAAUAAACCACAUAAUACUUUGAAAAACAA